AUGGCGACCACCUCAAGCGAAACGACCACGGAUGUGGUCAUUAUUGGUGCUGGAAUUUCUGGCAUGACCUUGGCCAUUGACAUGAUGCGACUUGGGAAUGGCGAUAACUUUGUUAUUAUCGAGAAAGGUCGUCGCGUUGGAGGUACUUGGAGCGACAACGAAUAUCCAGGAUGCUGUUGCGAUGUAUGGUCGCACCUUUAUUCUCUCUCCUUCUCGCCAAAUCCCGACUGGACGCGAGAAUACCCUACACAACCAGAAAUCCAUCGGUAUCUGACAGGUGUUGCACACAAAUAUGAUCUCGAACGUCACAUCCGUUUCAACACCGAGGUGAAGGGGUGCAAGUUCGAUCCCGUCACCGGCAUCUGGACGACGACUGUGCGACGGGGAGACGACGGCGGCGAAGCGACACUUCACUCGCGGUUCGUCGUCUCUGCCAUGGGCCAGCUCAACAAUCCGCAGUACCCUAAAAUCACAGGCAUGGACGAUUUUGCCGGACGUAUCAUGCACUCCGCUCGAUGGGACAAAUCUUUCGAUUUGCGUGGCAAAAAAGUCGCAGUGAUAGGUAACGGUGCAACUGCCAUUCAGAUCGUGCCUGAGCUUGCAAAAAUUGCCGAAUCAGUCGUAGUCUUUCAGCGGUCGCCGAACUGGAUCACGCCUCGUUACGACUCAACGAUUCCGGCCUGGCGUCAGUUCAUGUAUCGUUAUCUGCCAUAUGCGCGUCGUCACUAUCGUUCAAGUCUGAUGGACAUCCGUGAGGACUACUGGAAUGUUUUAGUUGAUACAGAUGGUGAAGCACAUCAGGGAUUGAAGGCAAUGGCCACAGAGCUGCUUUCCACGCAGCUUCCGGGGGAAAAUCGCGCAGAACUGCGCCAGGUGCUUACUCCCAACUACCCGCCUGGUUGCAAGCGAAUCCUCAUUAGCGACGACUACUAUCCGGCUCUUGGUAAACCUCAUGUCACACUCGAAACUGCUCCGAUCCUAGAAAUCACAGAAGAGGCUGUCCGCGUAUCGUCAGGUUGGGACUCGAGAAAAGGACAGCACCAGCCGCAAGAUCAUGUUGUCGAUGCCAUCAUAUGCGCGACUGGUUUCCAAGCUAAACAGUUCCUUUCACCGUUACACAUCGAAGUCGCUGGUCAAGAAACUCUUGAGCAAAAGUGGAGCGGUGGAGCUUAUGCGUACAAGGGAAUGACUGUCCCCGAUUUGCCAAAUUUUGCCAUCAUGUAUGGACCAAACACAAAUUUGGGACACAACAGCAUUAUACUGAUGAUCGAGGCCCAGUCAGCCUACAUCAAUCGUCUCAUAGAGGCUGUUCGCACGAAUGCGAAGGACAGUAGUCGAGGAUAUCUACGCAUCUCUCCUCGUGAGUCCGCGACCAAGAACUGGAACAACAAGGUACAAGCCUCACUCAGCAAAAGUACAUUGGCCAGCGACCAAUGCAGUUCGUGGUACAAGUCUGACACGGGAUUAAUUACUACGAAUUGGUCGGAGAACGCCAUCGAGUAUCAACGCGACGUCAGCUCCAUUGACUGGGAGGACUAUCAGCUACAAGGACCCGGCGCCGCGGAGCUUCGUAGUAAAGGUCGCAUCAGCUGGACAAGGGUCGUGGAAGAAAGCCAGCCUUGGGUUACGAGCUGGAGCAAGGCUGCGGCUGUGAGCGUCGGUUUGGGCAUACUCGCGGUUGCGGUCUCGCCUCUUCGCAAGAGCAUUGUUCGUUGA